CGAGGCCGGGGCGGGGCGGCGGCUUCCUUCACUACGCGGAAGUGGAGGUGAAGGUGAAGUGAAACGAAGCGUGUGACACUCAGCAACAAGCCCCGGGGAUUCCAAGCUGGCAGCGAUGAAUGAGCAUCAAGCGGCGGCGGGAGGUGACAGUCCGGCCCCAUCAGAAGACGGCAGGAGGAAAGUAGCCAUCAUCACUGGCAUCACCGGACAGGAUGGCUCGUAUUUGGCAGAAUUCCUCUUGCAAAAGGGCUAUGAGGUGCAUGGCAUUAUACGACGAUCUAGUUCUUUCAACACUGGGCGUAUAGAGCAUUUGUACAAGAAUCCUCGCACACACAUAGAAGGGAAUAUGAGGCUGCACUAUGGGGACCUCACUGAUAGCACAUGUCUGGUUAAGAUCAUUAAUGAAGUGAAACCCACUGAAAUCUAUAACCUGGGUGCACAGAGCCAUGUUAAAAUCUCCUUUGAUCUAGCAGAGUAUACAGCGGAUGUUGAUGGUGUUGGGACUCUUAGACUUCUGGAUGCCAUUAAAACCUGUGGCCUUAUAAAUACAGUGAAGUUCUAUCAAGCCUCGACCAGUGAACUGUUUGGCAAAGUACAGGAAAUUCCACAAAAGGAGACUACCCCUUUCUACCCUCGGUCACCAUAUGGAGCAGCCAAGCUUUACGCCUACUGGAUUGUGGUGAACUUCAGGGAGGCUUACAAUCUUUUUGCUGUCAAUGGCAUUCUUUUCAAUCAUGAAAGUCCGAGAAGAGGUUAG